AUGAGAUUGGUGAUUGUCCUUUCGCUGAUCCUGGCCAUUUGGCUUUGCUGUAAGAUGACGGAAACCUCUGCCGUUUGCUGCAAGCCCUCUCACGUCUCCUUCGAGUUGGCCGAGAAUGGAAAAGGACAUAACUGUGGAACUUUUGGCGGCAAAAAGGAUAAACACGGCAACACCUGUAAGGCCAAGAUUUGCGGCAAUGGUGACCGAGUCGUUGGCACCUGGUGUGGCCGUGGCAGGUGCAAUCCCAGAGGAUGUCAUUGCAAAAAGGGAUGUCUUCCAGGAAAUGCUGUGGAGAGUUUCCGCAAUAAGCACGGUUUCUUUAACUUUGUCUAUGUGAAGUGA